AUGGCGAUGCGCGGCUCACGACUCGGCCUCUUCUCUGCAAGAUUGAUGAAACCGUUCAGUGUGACGAGACAAUGCAUCCGAUGCCUUCACCAGAACAGGGAAGCCCCGCGUGUCCCCUCGCCCACUCCGUUUGUCCCUAAUGUCGAAACCUUUCUCAGUCUGAUCGGCCGCGGCAUGUCAAAACAUGCUAGCAAAUUGCCUUCUUGGGACAAAUUAUUCACACUCUCCUCCGCCGAACUUCGAGAUCUGGGCAUUGAGCCCGCACGCCAGCGGCGGUAUCUGCUCCGGAAGCGCGAGAAGUUUAGGAAUGGUCAGUAUGGAGUCGGAGGUGACCUCGAGAAUGUGGUCGAUGGUGUUGCGCAGUUGAGAGUAGUCGAGGUCCCCUACGAAUCUACUACCAGUUCGACGCAAGCCACCGAGUUGACAUCGUUAUCUUCGUCUGCUACUUCUACGCCUGGUAUGAGGAAGGUUAUUGUGAACACUAGUCCCGACGCUACCGACUACAAGCACGAUUCAUCGAAGCCGCUGAAGAAGUUCGAGCACAUGAAAAUUCAUAACGGAUCGAUUAUCAAGGGUCCAUUUGUACAACUUAUCAAGGGUACGAACGGCAGCGCUGCGUUGAUCAAGGUUCAGGAAGGCAUGUGGGAGGACAAGCAAGGACACAAGGUGGAUGGUGGGGAAAGGAGACGUGCUGAAGUCAGGGCUAAAAAGCGCAUUGAAGAGAGAAGAAAGGGACCGGCAUAA